CAACCUUUCUACACACGACAGCACAAGCAACACAUAUAGUAGUAAUUUCGGAGACUUCUUUCAUCUCUUGUUUGCUUUUUAAACAGUCUAGUUUUCGAGUUUUCUGAAAGCAGUGACCACUACUACUACUACUACAAUGGCAAGCUCAGCAAUGCUUAAGGUGGCUUGCGUUGUACUCGUGUGCAUUGUGGUGACUGCACCUCAGGCCGAGGCGGCCAUGACAUGUGGUACGGUGGUAACAAGCUUGACUCCGUGCCUCGGCUACCUGAGGAGCGGUGGUGCCGUCCCAGCCCCAUGCUGCAGCGGGGUUAAAUCCCUCUACAGCGCUGCUAGCACCACGACCGACCGCCAGACCGCUUGCAGAUGCAUGAAAUCAGCUGCUACCGGUAUCGCCGGCAUCAACAUGGCUAAUGCUUCUGGCCUCCCUGCAAAAUGUGGUGUCAACAUUCCCUACAAGAUCAGCCCCUCCACCGACUGCUCCAAGGUGCAGUGAGGUUGAUGCACGAGCGAGCCACUGCCACUGGAUCCAAGUACGUACUGUAUGAAUAAAGACGGGCAUCUGAGUCCUUCUGGGGGUCCACUAGAGCGACCCUCCCUCCAGUUUCUAAUAGGAGAGUGUGUCAAUGUAGUUUGGUCGUUGUAUGCAGUGUGACCGGUGUAUUGAUUAUAUUUAUGUCUAAUGAAUCUAGCUAUCCCACUUUAUACUUA